AUGUUAAUAUUCACGCUGAUUGAAAGCAAACGUGCGGGUAUUCGCCUCUCUGAACUCUUCAAUGGCGGCCCAGUAAACCCCUCCGACGCAAUUCCCCCACCAGUUCACUCCUCAUUCGAUGCGCACAACCGUCUUCUUCCAACUCCAGUCUCAGUCUCUGAUGCCCCAGAUUUACCGAUAGAGGUCCCACCUCCGGCUAGUUCUUUGAAAAAGCAGGACUCCCCUCCACUCGCCUCAACACCACCCCAAGCACCAGCUACUUUGACGACUCCGUCUGCUUCAGUCAUUCCUCUCCCCACCUCGCUCUUUGGAACUUCUGCAACCCAGCUCCCACCCACACCGCCCUCUCGCCCUGUCUUAUCUGUCUCCACGCCGCCCGCCCAGGUGAAGAAGAAGAAGGGCUUUGACGAUGAGCCGGCUGUCGAUCGCAGUGGACUUGCAGUACGCUCUCUGGCUGCAGUCUCGGAAAUUUGCGAUGACCUUAUUGCGGACCUGGUUAAUGACCAAAUUCUACAGGUAAACUUACUCUCUGUAGCAGCGUUUUUGUUUACUUUACAUAACUGCCUACUCAUUUCGUAG